ACGAAUCAGCACCCCCUGGUCAGCGACCCUAGCUCCUGCACCCCUAGCUCAUGCGCCCAGCCUUGUUUCCCGAACCAAAGCCCCUACCCCCUGCGCCCGGCCUUGCUUCCUGCACCAGCCUUGCUCUGCAUCAGCUCCCUUGCUCUGCACCAGAUCGCCUGCACUCUGCACCAGCCAUCAUCGGCAAUCAUGCCCCUGCUGCUGCACGCCUGCACCCCUGCACGCCCAUGCCUUGCACUCUGCUACGCCUGCACUUGAUCCUGCACUCCUGCUUCUGCCAAAAAGCCGGAUCCUUUGCUUGCUGCGCGCCCCCUGCCUUCUGCGGCCCCCUGCAUGCUGAUGCCAAUCCUGCACGCCUCUGCAACCCGAUCCUAUACGUGCUCUGUCACUCCAGAAACCCUGAACAAAAGACAAAAAAAAGGAGGGCUCGAUUGGCGACUCCACUGGAGAUUGAAUCCAGAAUCUCUGGUUUUCAUGUUCUGGAUUCAUGAGGGUCGAGCUAAUACUUUAACUUUGGGGAAAUUUUCAGCUUUUGAUUUUCUUUGUUUGUUGAGUCUUUGCCAUUUAUUGCAUGUGCCUAUUAUGUGGUGCUUGUUGCUUGUUUGCUUAUUGUUUUGGUGGUUGCCUUUAUUGUUCUUGCCUUUGAGUGAUUAUCUUGUCAUAUCAUGACAUGCAUCAUACCUUGCUUACAUGUUCAUGCAUCAUAUCAUCUCACAUGCACAUGCAUCAUUGAUGUUACAUGCUUAUUCAUCAUGCAUCAUGCUUACAUGCCUACUUCCUUGUGUGUGAAUGUACUCACCUUUUACACUUGGCUAUGGAGUACUUAGUGAGUUUCUUCCCUCUUGUGCGAUUAUUUAUAUCUUAUUGCAUGCUAAGAGUUGGUUGCUUUGUGUUACUAACCAUUUGCAUUUGGCAUGGGAGUACUAGAUGAGUCCCUUCUUACUGUGUAAGUAAGUGUGUUUGUGGAUGUUAUAUUUGUUGAGUGUUUUACAUUUUUUAUUUGCUUGUUUGCCUUAUUUGCUUGCUGUGAAAUAUAUGUUGCUAUUUUUG